ACUCCCACCCUGAGGGUGGAACUUCAACAAGGGGACAGAGACCUCCAGGACUGGGUAGAGGCAGUGCCCUGGGUAGGUCUGCAUGGACAUCCCCAUCAACAGCAGAGACUUCCACUGUCUGCAGCUGGCCUGUGUGGCCCUCGGCCUGGUGGCCGGCAGCAUCAUCAUCGGCGUUUCCGUGUCCAAGGCCGCAGCUGCUGUGGGCGGUAUCUUCCUUGGUGCUGCCGGGCUGGGUCUCCUCAUCUUUGCCUACCCCUUCCUGAAGGCUCGGUUCAACCUGGACCACAUUCUGCCUUCGAUAGGUGACAACCAGGGGUCUCAUCCUGCAGGGGGCCUGAGAAUCCACCCUAACCCAGGGCCAGACCAUGGAGAGGGAAGAUCCAACACCAAUGGCAAUAAAGAAGGAGCCCGCAGCAGCCUGUCCACUGUGAGCAGGACCUUGGAGAAGUUGAAGCCAGGAGCCCGGGGAACUGAGGAAAGCUAAGGGGCUGCGCCUGCCCUGUCCACCCUUCCUGCCUGCUACCCCUGUCUCAGAGCCCUCUUGGGUCCAAGCUGGAAGAUCCAAGCCAGAGAUGGAGACACCAGACCUGCAUUUGCCUCCAGCCAAGGCUCUUCAGAACAGAUUCCACGGCCUUGCUACAGGUCCCAUGGGGCUCCCUCAUUUUUCUCUCAUCACUUGGCUUUUCCUUCUGGACUUCAGCUCAGCUUUGCUCCCUUUUUGAUCCCCUGAUUGAUUCCUCUGGAAUUUGAGGCCCAGAACCCCAACCCCAGAGAGGUCCCAGUCCCUUGCGUCAUUCUGGCCACCAAAGCUAACCACAGGCCCAGAGGAACCACACACUGGGCCCCCCGCUGAACCCUUUAGCCCCCACAGCCUGGCUCUGUGUUUUUGAAGCUAGAUGGUAGGAAUGAGACCAGAUUCCUUUCAAAAUGGCAAAUCCUGGGCAAUUCCUCAGGGAUAGGCCUUGAGUGGUGAAUCACAGGAGCUAUGCUCAUGCUUGGAAGAGAGGGACUCAAGGAGGGACAGACACAAGCAGAAUGAUCACCACUAUGACAGGAAUCAAGGUGAGCCACUGACCUAGCAUGGGAUCAGAGAAGGCAGGCGACACCCCAGCUGAGCCCUGUCCUGGGAUUCUUGCUGUUUGACUCUACCACUCAGGGCUUUGCACGCUGAGGCUCCUCUCUCCCAGCCUCCCGCCACUCCUUCAUAAGCUAAAUACUUGCUGCUUUGGGGCCUUGGCUUUAUCCUGCAGUGCUCCCUGUUCCCACUGCCUAUCAGCCUCCCCCCCUACUCAAAGCCCCUAGCCACACCUACUCUUCAUCCCUUCCACCAGCCUGUGUCGCCCUCUCUCUUGAUACCUGCAGGUAGGCUCAAAGUCUUUUUCACAAAGCAAUUAUUAUGUCUAAACAUAAUGAUUGUCUACUGAAUGUUGUCCCUUUUCCAGUCCUAGUACAGGACAGGACACACAGUGAGGGCUCAGGACACUUGGCGGGUGUCAACGCUUAAGUUCAGAGGGAAGGUAAUCCCCUAGGCUUUUCUUGAAAGUCACACAGGGCACUAUCACAGGGCUUGGAGCAUAGAGGCCCAAGUGCUCCUUGCUCCUCUCCUGCACUUCUAGGUGUUGCUUGGCUUUCACAACACUGCUUGGGCCCUAUAGAGACAUCUGCUCCAUGUGGCCUCUGUCAUGGUUUGACAGAAGACAAGCUAGAAUAGUCUCAUUCUUCCAGGAUCAAUGAAGAUGACUCUUCUUCUUGGAAGCAUCCCCAGACUUCACUGAGCUCCCACAGCCCUUGAGCUUCCCUCUGAAUGUCUCUGGUCUAUUUACCACCCCACCCUGCCUUCAGAGUGGGAGCUGAGGGUUAGGCACACAGAAGGCACCUCGUGAAUGUUGAAAAACCAAACCCAAGGGAUGUAGCUCAGUGGUUCUGGUGCCUGCCUCCCAAGCGGAAGGACCCAAGUUCGAUCCCUGGUACCAAAAAAAAAAAAAAAGCCCUCCAAAGCCUUUGUUCUAGAGAAUGCUCCAAGUUCAUUUCAUUAUCGCUGCCUGCUGAAAAACCAAACCAAAAGUGGCAGAGCACAUCUCAUUGUACAAAUGGGAAAGCGGAGACCCCUCAGGAGUAAGCACUGGUCCUGUCCCCCAGGGCAAGUCAUGAAGCCAGGCCUUGCAUUCAGGUCUCCUCUCUCUCUCUCUGCACCCAAGGCUCUGUCCUCCACAUAGGCCACAAGACUUAACUCCCUGACCACAGAGGGAGCCAUUGAGAAGGGACUGAAUUUCACAAGUGCUGGCCAGCAUAGAGGAUUGGUUCCUCUAGCCUAAGGGAGUCAGCAUCCUCUCUCUCUUAACCCCCUCCUCUCCGCCUCCUUUGUGCCUGCUGUCUGUCGCUUCUCCUUUCCCUCCUCCUUUUCUUCAACAGUAUAUCAUGAGCAAAUAACUCAGGCUCCUCCUGAUCAGUAAGGAAACCCUUCCUCCCAUUCACCUUCAGUCCUUACCUCAGUACCCCAAAGAGACACUCAAGGGUGGAGGAGGUGGGAGUGGAGAAUGUGAGCCUGAGCUGUGGGGAGGGUGGGUCCCCCGGGUGGGACCCCCCAUCAGCCCCUCUCAGCCAUGAUCUCCCCAAGGCAGGACGAUGGUAUCCCCAAUGGCUUGAUGGGCCAGGUAUACAGAGGUGCUGGGGAUCAGGGUGAAAUAAAUUAAAGAAUGAGCCCAGAAUGGUGGUACACCUCUGAAAUCCAGCACUCUGGGAAGCAGAAGCAGGAGGAUCACAAGUUCAGGUCCAGCCUGGGCAACUUAGCAAGACCUUGUCUCAAAAUUAAAACAUAAAAUAAGAAAAAAAUAAAUUAAGGAGUGAUCAUAUAAGAUAGCAAGAGCUUCAUUCAUUGAGGAAGAACUGGGUUAAAAGGACCCUUGAAGUGGAAUUCUUGGGGGGUGGUCCUCUCUCUUCCCUGUUGUGGAUUUCUGAAACACGCUUCCCCGCAGUGCCGGUGAAUAUCCAGACACACUCUCCCCAAGAGUAUCUCCACCCUGAGACUGACCACCCCGCAUCACAGAGUGGGCCAUGUGAGAGCCCUGCCUUCUCUCCCCAUCAGGUUUGGAGAAGAGGGGAGGUGGGGGCAACCUGGUGGGGCUGGUACAGUAGAGUGGCUGUAAAACCCUCCAAUGUCCCAGCAUGGACACGGUAUAUGGACAGGGACUUCCAGCAGUCUGUUCAGUAGAGGAGAUCGGUUCUGUCCAGGAACCAUGAUCUGACACCUGGGUUGGGCUGCGCCUACUGGGCCCUAGGCUGGGUGCUGGGAACACAACCGCAGACUCGAUGUGGAGAGUGCUUGGUCCAGGCAGCCCCUUGGAGUCACAUCUCUGCUGGACCAGACUGUAGGAGGACUGCUGUGGUUUAGAUGGUGAAUGUCCCACAAAGGCCUCAUGUGCUCUCGGGCUGGGCUUUUGGAAGGCAACCUAGCUGAUUUGCUGUUAGGAGUCAGGAUCGAUAGGAAGAAGCAGUCACUGGGGGUGUGACUGGGAAGGGUGCCUCUCCCUCCUGCGGAGCUCCUCCCUUCACUCUCUGCUUCCUGGUCUCCAGUCUCCGCCAGGCUUUCAGCCGCCCAGACCCUUCCAUCUCGACGUUUCUGUAUUUAAGCCUUGAAACACAGAUUGUAACUUCUGAACUCUGAGCCAAAUAAAGCUCUCCUCCUUCAAAUUG